GCGUCCGUUAUGAUCGUUAUUUAUUCAUCUUAUUUAAAUAUCCCGACUAACUUUGAAAACCAAAUUGUGCAGAUCGUUAAUUAAUUUGAAAGAAGAUGAUGCCUUAUGAUGAUGCGCGUGGUGAAAGGCCAAGACUACUUGUGGUGGCUAACCGGCUUCCGGUUUCCGCAAAGAGAUCGGGGGAAAAUUCUUGGUCUCUUGAAAUGAGUCCUGGUGGUUUAGUCAGUGGUCUUCUAGGUGUAACAUCUCAAUUUGAUACCAAAUGGGUUGGAUGGCCUGGAGUUGAUGUGUAUAAUGAAGUUGAACAAAAUGCACUAACUAAAUCUCUAGCCGAAAUGAAGUGUAUCCCUGUGUUCCUUAAUGGGGUUUUUGAUCAGUACUACAAUGGUUAUUGCAAUGGUAUUUUGUGGCCAAUUCUUCAUCACAUGGGACUUCCACAAGAAGAUCAACAUGCCACAAACCAAACUUUCGAAACACAAUAUGAUGCAUACAAGAAAGCAAAUCGAAUGUUUCUCGAUGUCAUAAUACAGAACUAUGAAGAAGGUGAUACUGUUUGGUGUCAUGAUUAUCAUCUCAUGUUUCUUCCUCAAUACCUUAAAGAGCACAACAACAAAAUCAAAGUUGGAUGGUUUCUCCAUUCACCAUUUCCUUCCUCUGAGGUCUACAAAACAUUGCCCUCGCGAUCAGAGCUUCUUCGUGCGGUUCUUACAGCUGAUUUACUUGGCUUCCACACAUAUGAUUUUGUAAGACAUUUCUUGAGUACAUGCACUCGAAUUCUUGGAGUUGAAGGAACACAUGAAGGAGUUGUGUAUCAAGGCAGAGUCACUCGAGUAGCUGUUUUUCCCAUUGGAAUUGAUCCUGAUCGGUUUAUAAGAACAUGUAAGCUCCCUGAAGUCACACAGCAAAUGACUGAGCUUAAAGAGAGGUUUGCUGGCAAAAAGGUGAUAUUAGGUGUUGAUCGUCUUGAUAUGAUCAAAGGGAUCCCACAAAAGUAUCUUGCAUUUGAGAAAUUUCUAGAAGAAAAUCCCUAUUGGCGCGAUAAAGUUGUGCUAGUGCAAAUUGCAGUGCCAACAAGAAAUGAUGUCCCUGAAUAUCAAAAGCUCAAAAGCCAAGUGCAUGGACUCGUUGGACGCAUAAAUGGUCGUUUUGGUUCUGUCUCUUCUCUUCCAAUUCAUCAUCUGGAUUGUUCUGUUGACUUCAACUACUUAUGUGCACUGUACGCAAUUGCAGAUGUAAUGCUUGUAACAUCUUUGAGAGAUGGAAUGAAUCUUGUUAGUUAUGAAUUUGUUGCAUGUCAAGAGGCCAAAAAAGGGGUUCUUGUUCUCAGUGAGUUUGCAGGUGCUGGACAGUCUCUUGGUGUUGGAGCUCUACUUGUGAAUCCUUGGGAUGUUACAGAAGUUUCUUCUGCCAUUAAAGAUGCUCUAAAUAUGCCAGCUGAAGAAAGAGAAACAAGACACAGAUUUAAUUUUCAGUAUGUGUAUACUCAUUCUGCUAAAAAAUGGGGAUCUGAUUUCAUGAGUGAACUCAAUGACACUAUCGCUGAAUCCGAGUUGCAAAUCAGGAACAUCCCACAUGGACUUCCACAACAAGAUGUGAUUCAACGAUAUUCGCAAUCUAACAACAGACUAAUAAUCUUGGGUUUCUGUGGAACACUCACUGAGCCAAAAAAUAGUCGAAGUAAGGAAAUGGAUCUUAAACUAAACCCAGAGCUAAAAGGAACUCUGAAAGCAUUAUGCAAUGAUCCAAAAACAACAGUAGUCGUAUUGAGUAGAAGUGACAAAAACAUAUUAGACAAAAAUUUUGGAGGGUAUAAUAUAUGGCUGGCUGCGGAAAAUGGAAUGUUCGAAAAGCAUACUACUGGAGAAUGGGUGAAAAAUAUGCCUCAAAACAUGAACCUUGAUUGGGUCGAUAGUGUAAAGAAUGUUUUUAAGUACUUCACUGAUCGAACUCCAAGAUCGUUCGUCAAAUCAAGCGAGACUUCGCUUGUAUGGAAUUACGAAUAUGCAGAUGUUGAAUUUGGGAGAGCACAGGCAAGAGACUUGUUACAAUACUUAUGGGCAGGACCAAUCUCUAAUGCAUCAGUUGAUGUUGUUCGAGGAAACCAUUCUGUUGAAGUACAUGCCAUCGGUGAGACUAAGGGGGCAGCAAUUGGUCGUAUUUUGGGAGAAAUAGUAUACAGAAAAUCUAUGACCACACCGAUCGAUUUUGUCUUUUGCAGUGGUAACUUCUUGGAGAAGGACGAAGACAUUUACACAUUCUUCGAAUCAAAAAUCUUGUCUUCCAAGUUAUCUCAUGAAACUAGGUCCAAGUCUUCUUCCUAUAAUAAUUCCCGAAAGAAGAAGAAGAUUUCAAUGAACAUUCUUGACCUCAAGAAAGAGAAUUACUUCUCUGCAGCCAUUGGACAAGCUCGCACAAAAGCUCGCUAUGUCAUUGACUCAUCUCUCGAUGUUUUAGAUUUGCUCCACAAGCUUGCAGUUGCAGAUACUACAAUGACUGACUCAUUUUCUGAUAGCGAAUUAUAUGAGCCUCGCAAUGAAAAUGCACAUGAAGACAACAUGGGAGUGAUGAAUGGGCCUCAACGUGGUGACAGAGUUUAUUACCGCGUUGCGGUGUUUGGAACAUUCGUUAUGUGGCUGGCUCACUCUCACGCACCGCCUACGGGUUUUUCGGUCAUUUACUCUAAUCAUUUCACUUUGGAAGAAAAAGCCGCCAUGGAAGCCAAAGGAGAAACCCCGUGGAGCUCUAUUUUAGUUCCUUCUGUUCAGGAGAUGGUGAAGGAUAAGAUGAUCACGACCGUUCCUCCCAGGUAUAUAUGUUCGCUUGUAAACCAUGGAAUAAACCCAAGUUUCUUGGACAAAAUAAAGUCAGAGAUUCAAGAUUUCUUCAACCUUCCCAUGGAAGAGAAAAAGAAGUUGUGGCAGCAACCAGCGGUGAUGGAAGGGUUUGGACAAGCUUUUGUGGUUUCAGAAGAUCAGAAACUCGACUGGGCAGAUUUAUUCUUCCUUAUAAUGCAACCUGUUCAAUUACGCAAGCCUCACUUGUUCCCCAAGCUACCUCUCCCCCUUAGGGAUACAUUAGAUAUGUAUUCCACUCAAGUAAAGAGUAUAGCUAAGAUCUUACUAGCGAAAAUGGCGAGAGCCCUGCACAUCAAACCAGAGGAGAUAGAAGAAAUAUUUGGUGAUGAUAUGAUGCAGAGUAUGAGGAUGAACUACUAUCCCCCGUGUCCACAACCCAAUCAGGUUACCGGUCUAACUCCGCAUUCCGAUGCAGCAGGACUCACCAUACUUUUGCAGGUGAAUGAAGUUGACGGUCUCCAAAUCAAGAAAAAUGGCAAGUGGGUUUUUGUCAAACCUCUCCUAAAUGCUUUCAUUGUCAAUGUUGGAGACGUUUUAGAGAUCAUAACGAACGGGACAUACCGAAGCAUCGAGCAUCGGGCAGUGGUGAACUUGGAGAAAGAGAGGCUCUCCAUUGCGACAUUUCAUAACACGGGACUGGAUAAAGAAAUUGGUCCGGCGAGAACCCUUGUUCAAAGGCAAGAGGCUGCAAAGUUUAGAAGCCUGAAAACUAAAGACUACUUGAAUGGCUUGUUCUCCCGUGAACUCAAAGGAAAAUCUUAUCUUGAUGCUAUGAGAAUCUAAGGGAAGUGAUAUCUUGUUUCCCAAGAAAUUCUGUCUUCUCCAACUGGUCACUGUUGUGUGCAUACUCUGUUUUUCCUUCUCUCUUAUGUCUUUGGUUCAAAUCUGUUAAAGAAAAAAUCGCCAGUGUAAUAAUACUUAUUAUGUGUU